CCGCGCCCUGGAGUGAAGGGGUGUCUGAGCAGAAACAGUUGUGCAAGCAGCUUUAAAUGACAGUUGAGGAGCUGCAGGUCGCAAGUGACAUCUCCAGAGAGACAGAGGAGCGUCUGAGAAAGCCUGACUCCUCCUGACCUCCCGACAUGAGCAAGGACGGGUUCAUCCUCCCCAAGGACUUCCCCCAGCUCCAGAACGAUACAUUCCUGCGAGCAGCACGAGGAGAAGAAACUGAACAUGUCCCAGUGUGGUGUAUGAGACAGGCUGGAAGAUACCUGCCAGAGUUUCGGGAGUCCAGAGCAGGGAAGGACUUCUUUGAGACAUGUCGGUCACCAGAGGCCUGCUGUGAGCUCACUCUGCAGCCUCUGAGGCGUUUUCCCUUCGAUGCUGCCAUCAUCUUCUCUGACAUCCUGGUUAUCCCACAGGCCAUGGGUAUGGAUGUGCAGAUGGUUGCAGGUAAAGGUCCAACAUUCCCGGAGCCCCUGAAGGAGCCCGAAGACCUGCAGCGUCUGCAGGCCAAAGUGGACGUUGGCAAAGAGCUGGGCUACGUCUUCAAAGCCAUCACGCUGACCAGACACAAGAUAGAAGGCAAAGUGCCCCUCAUAGGAUUCACUGGAGCUCCGUGGACGCUGAUGUCCUACAUGAUUGAGGGUGGAGGUUCUAAGACCUUCUCCAAGUCAAAGCGUUGGCUGUACAGACACCCUGAGGCGAGUCACAUGCUGCUGAGGAUGCUGACUGAUGUGAUCGUGGAGUAUCUGCUGGGCCAGGUGGCAGCUGGAGCUCAGGCUCUGCAGGUGUUUGAGUCCCACGCCGGCAUUCUGGGUCCAGUGGAGUUUAAAGAGUUCUCUCUGCCUUACCUCCGAGACAUCGCUCGCCGCGUCAAAGAUAAACUAAAGGAGGAUGGAAAAGACGUUCCCAUGAUCGUGUUUGCAAAGGAUGCUCACUACGGUCUGGAGGAUCUGUCUCAGUCUAAUUAUGAGGUGGUCGGGCUGGACUGGACCAUUGACCCACGAUCAGCACGGGAGCGCACAGGAGGGAAGGUCAGCCUGCAGGGGAACAUGGACCCCUGUGCUCUCUAUGCUCCAAAGGAGCGCAUUUCAGACAUCGUAAAGAAGAUGGUGGAGGGUUUCGGCACAAGGGGCUACAUCGCCAACCUGGGCCACGGCCUUUACCCCGACAUGGACCCGGAGAACGUGGGCGCCUUCGUGGAAGCCGUGCACCAACACUCGAAACAGAUGAUCAAACAAAUCUGAAGAUGGAUGUGAUUGUGUGAGAAAGUGUAACCCAAAAAUGGAUGAUAUUGAUGGAAACAUUUAUAGUAAUGCAUUAUUUUAUUAAAAACCAAAACUUUAA